AUGGAGUCGGUCGGCGACCCGCGGGAGGGACCGUCGACGGAGCGCGCGUUCGAGGCGAAGCCCGUCCCGCCGUGGACGGAGCAGGUGACGGGGCGCGCCUUGGCGGCGAGCCUGGCCCUGGGCGCGGCGCUCAGCGGCGUGAUGAUGAACCUGGUGUUCACGUCCGGGAUCAUCCCGUCGCUCAACAUCUCGGCGGGCCUGCUGGGGUUCUUCCUCCUCAGGGCGUGGACGCGCCUGCUCGACCAGCUCGGCGUGCCGCGCCGGCCCUUCACCCGCCAGGAGAACGCCGUUGUCCAGACCUGCGUCGUCGCCUGCGCCAGCAUGACAUAUAGCGGAGGGUUCGGGUCGUACCUGCUCGCGAUGGACCGGAGGACGGCGGAGAAGACCAGCACCGCGGACGCCACCGGCGCCAACGUUAGCGAGCCGACGCUCGGCCGCACGAUGGCAUUCUUCUUCCUCGUCAGUUUCGUCGGCCUCCUCGCCAUUGUCCCCAUGAGGAAGACGAUGAUCAUCCGCCACCGGCUGACAUUCCCGAGCGGCACGGCCACGGCUCACCUCAUCAACAGCUUCCACACCCCUCAUGGCGCCAGGCAAGCAAAGAGGCAGGUGUCGCUCGUCAUCCGGUCAUGCCUAGGGAGCCUGUUCUGGUCUGUCUUCCAAUGGUUCUACAGCGGAGGACCCAACUGCGGCUUCACUUCCUUCCCGACAUUCGGACUCAACGCGUUUCAGCGCGGUUUCUACAUCAAUUUGAAUGGAACUUACAUCGGUGUUGGGAUGAUCAGCCCUUACCUGAUAAACAUCUCGAUGCUCGUCAGCUCCAUCAUUUCCUGGGGGAUCGUGUGGCCGUACAUCCAAAGCAAGAGAGGAAGCUGGUACGACGCCGAUCUCCAGGAGAGCAGUCUAAAGGGCCUCAACGGGUACAAGGUGUUUGGUGCCAUAGCCAUGAUUCUUGGCGACGGAAUCUUCCAGCUUGUCGUGAUCUCGAUGAGGACCAUACACACCAUGCGCCACCACCAGGUAGCGGCGGAGACGAUGAGGUCCUUCUCCGACGUCGACGCCAUGCCUCGGCAGGUCCUCAGCUUCGACGACCGCCGCAGGACGCAGGUGUUCCUGAGGGAGCACAUCCCCAACACCUUCGCCAUCGGCGGCUACGUCGUCCUGGCGGCCCUCUCGGCCAUCGCCAUCCCGCAUAUCUUCGGUCAGGUGCGGUUCUACCACGUCGCCGUGGCGUACGUGUUCGCGCCCCUCCUGGCCUUCUGCAACGCCUACGGCACGGGCGUCGCCGAGACCAACUUCUCGGCGCAGUACAACAAGCUGGUGAUCCUGCUGUUCGCGUCGUGGAUCGGCGUCCAGAACGGCGGGGUCGUGGGGAGCCUCGUCAUCUGCGGCGUCGUGGCGUCCGUCGUCUCCACGGCCUCCGACUUCAUGUCGGACUUCAAGACGGGGUACCUCACGCUCACCUCGCCGCGGGCCACGUUGGUGAGCCAGGUGAUCGGCACGGCGCUCGGCUGCAUCGUCAACCCGGUCGUCUUCAACGUGCUCCACUACUUCUACGAGUCGAACCCCAAGAAGAUCUACCAGGCGCCGCUGGCCAAGCUGUACCGCGCCAUCGCCGUGCUGGGCGCCGGCGACCUCGAGCUGCCCAAGCACUGCCUCGGCAUCAGCGUGGCCUUCUUCGUGCUGGCGCUGGCCGUCUGCGCGAUCCGGGAGUUGGCCGCGCACAAAAGGUGGCCCGCGCAGCAGUACAUCCCGAGCGUCACCGGCAUGGCCGUGUCGUUCCUUCUUGUCCCGGCCGUGUCCAUCGACAUGUGCGUGGGGAGCCUGAUCCUGUUCGCGUGGAACAGGACGGACAGGGAGGCCGCGCAGGUGUUCGCUCCGGUGCUCGCGGCCGGGCUCAUAUGCGGGGACGGGCUCUUCUCCAUACCCUACGCGCUGCUCGCCAGGUACAACGUGGCGCCGCCCAUCUGCGUCAGGUUCCUGGGACGAAAGCAGAACGAGAGUCUGGACGAGUUCCUGGCGAGUAGAACCGCAUCAUCCUGA